AUGCCACAAGCCUGUUCGCAGGCGGGCGUCGUGACGUGUCAAGUUGUGUCACGUAACACGCACGGGCGGUCUGAAGCCGAAAGUGGAGCGGUUUCGGCUCUAGUCGAGACUCCGACCGAGCGAGCGUGCUCAAUUGCCAUUCAGCUGCGUGUAGGUGUCCUUGGGUAUGGCGUCGUUAGAGCGGGAAUGUGCCUCGUAAGGCGCUCGCAAUGCCUCGCCUAU